AUUAAAUGUUUUAUAUACGAAGACAAAUUCUGCAAUAAUACUGUAAAAGGCUGAUGAGGCAUAUCUCAGUUUCUUCAAUGAUAAUCUCAUCUUCUUUAUGAAUGAAAAAUGAAUUCUGCACAGGAUACUUCAAGGAUGAUGUGGCAACAUCCAUUUGUCAAUAUAUUCAAGCAAUUCAAAAUAGAGAGUUGGAAAAGAUCCAGCAAGGAAGGAGAUGUUGCAUCAGUAAUGGAUAAACAAUUGAAAUGCACUGUCUUCAGAAUACUAGGUUCAAUACCAGCAGCAAACUAUAUUCAGAUUCCACGUACAAGUACACAGUCACUUGGACUUACUGGAAGAUAUCUUUAUAUUUUGUUCAAGCCUCUACCAACAAGAUACUUUGUUGUUCAUAUUGACGCAGCAACAGAAGAAGGAUUGACUGUUCGAAUUUCAUUUUCAAAUUUAUUCAAAGAAUUUAAAUGUACUUCUACUUGGCUGCAGUUUCCUUUUGUUUGUCAUGCUGCCAAAGGAAGUGUAGAACAUUGUGCAUCACAAGGAGCAAAGGCAGAUAUGGUAGGAGCUGCUCCUCUUGCUCAGAAAUGGACAAUGCUUGUCUUGGAUUUGCAAUACAUAUUGUCGGUUUAUAUAAACAGGAAAUAUUCCCAUUUGAAAAAUCUGCGUAUCUGCGCGAACUUGAUGAUUAAAAAUUGCUUCACUUCUGAUAUUGAAUAUGACCCAAGAUUAAGUUUUCGACAUGCUCGAGAACUUGGAAUUAAAUCAACUGAAGAGAAUCUUGCACCAAUGCCAAGAGAUAUGAAUUUUCACAUUCCUAAAAAUAAGUCAUGGGAUGACGUGUUUGAUCUUGUACGAUUUCCAACUUCACCUGAUGCACCUUCUCCCACAAAACCAAGUUUGCUUCCAUUUGAUUCUAUUCAACGUAAUGAUAAACAACCAUUGGUAGAAAGAUCACAAUCUCGAAAGUCAAAAAGAGUUACAAAUGGGCCGCCUGGUACGAUACAUAGCCCUCGCAGAGAAGAGGGUAAAACAGUAGAUGCAUCGAGACAUGGUGGUUUUCAUACAAGAGCACAACAUGCUAUAUCUGUUGCUACUGUUCCCAAGAAACAGCCAAAAAAUAAACCUGUUCCGAUUGUCUCUGAGUUGCCUCCUGUUGGACUGAGCAUGUUGAAUUCCACUGAUGGAACUGAGCCCAAUGAUGUUACACUCGUUGAAUCCGGUACCGGUGACAUUCAUAUAUUCACUGAUGGAGUGGAUAAUCGAGAUGUUGAAGUUCACAGGCAUUUUAUCAAAAAUAAUAAGGGUUCAACAAUACGAAGCAUUGCAACUGUUGAUCCAAAGAUGAAAAAAGCUACCGUCAAGACAUCCGCACGAUCAAGUAAGAGUAGCGCAACACCUCGAUCAUCAAGGAGUACAAAACAAACAUCACCAUUUCAAGGGUUUCACACAACAGAUAAAAACUUUGAGGAUAUGACUUGUCUUCAACCUGAUCCUAUAUUGAAGAUGAAACAUGUCAUAGGAUUUGGAUCGGGCAUAGGCUCUCCUCGCCCUAAUGUCCAAGCCUAUAGGAAUCAAGCAAUGUGGCAUCCUGCUGGUCAUCAAUGUGGAGGAAACGAUGUUGUUGUCUACGCUGUGCAUGCUGUUAUUGUUGCUAUGGAGAUUGCAAACGGCCAUCAACAUUUUUUUGUUGGGCAUACUGACAGUGUUAUAGCACUUGCAUUUAAUGACUGCAGUAGGCUAUCGAAAACGCUUUCUACAACAUCCAUACUCGCAUCAGCACAGAGAGGUGAUGGUGGCAUUGUAAGAAUAUGGAGAUUUGAUAACAAAAAAUGUUUAGCUAUUGUCAAGAAUCAACAAGCUAGUUCUAUGAAUAUUUUAUCGUUUUCUGCGAGUGGAGCAGUUCUGAUUGGAUGUGGAAGAGAUAUUCAUGGAAAAACAUUGAUAAUAGUUUGGGAUACAAGUGGUGUUUUGAGACAUGGAACUGUCAGUGUUAUGGCGAGAGCAAGAGCUGAUAUUGAGAUAACUCGAUUGCGUAUUUGUCCAACUGAUGAUACAAGACUUGUAACCUGCGGCAGAGAUAACAUCAGAUUUUGGCGUGUUAGAUCAGGUCAACUUCGGUCCUGUCCUGUGAGCCUUAGCCAACAUAAAGUGGGAGAAGUGACUGAUGUUACUUUUUCUAAGAUGGGAAAAGUCUCUGAAAGAAAUCUUCCUGCAACUUCUGUGAAUGACUCAAAUUUACUCACUCAACAUGAUAUAAUUCAACACUCUGUGUAUGCUUGUACUAAAGGUGGAUAUAUUAUUGAGAUUGAUUUUCAGAAUGUUGGAAUCAAGGAUAUUCAUAGGUUACUACCAACACACCUGGAUAUAGAUGAUUCUCAGAAAGGGAUCCGUUUGAAUGUCAUCAGAUUUGCUGAUUCCUACCUGGCCACAGGAUCAGACGAUGGAUUCUUACGUUUAUGGCCUCUUGAUUUAUCAACUGUAUUUCUGGAAGCAAAACAUGAAGGUUCUGUAGUUGAUAUCGAUCUUACGAAAGAUGGCAUGAAAGUUCUUGCAUCGACCACUGCGGGAACUCUUGGAUAUCUUGAUGUUUCUACCAGGCAGUAUACAACAGUUAUGAGAUCACAUGUUGGCAAAAUAACAGACUGCUGCUUUGAUGGGUUAAGGAAAACAAUAGCAACAUGUUCAGAAGAUGGAAGUAUAAGAAUGUGGGAUUUUUCAACAUUGAGGCAACUUUAUGAUUUCACAACGCCUGAUGAUACUCCUACUUCUGUGUCUUGUCAUCCAACACUAGAGAUAUUUGCAUGUGGGUUUGAGAGUGGUGCUGUGAGAGUUUUUCAUGUCAAACAAAUCAGUCUAUUAUCCGAACAUCAGAUUCACUCUUCAAAAGUAACUGGAGUAAUUUUUGCACCCUCUGGAGAAUUUUUGUAUAGCGCAGAAGUAAAAGGCACCGUCACAUUAUAUGACACCUCCGACGUUGAAAAGACUGGAUCCGCUGUUAUUCGUGCAUUGCCACGUGCUAUUGCAAGAGGCGACAGAUAUGGUCCUCGUAGUAUUGCUGUGGCACCAGACUCUCGUCGCAUAGCGUUUGUUGGACCCACUGAAUAUACUGUUACAGUGGCAGCUGCUGCUACACUUGAUGAAUUACUGAGGAUUGAUAUUUCUACUGGUUUACACUUGGAACCUGAUAUUUUAAAGCAAAAACCAACUGUUGAUUGUCCUUUACGGGUUUGUUUUUCCACUUCCUCACAACAUCACUUGAUGGUAGUUACCACGGGCAACAGACUCUUGAAGUUAGGAUUAAAAGAUGGUUGUCUUCUCUCUAUUACUGAGAAUAUUCACAGGAGCAAGGCAACAUCUGUGUGUGUCAGUGAUGAUGGAAAAUAUUUUGCAACGGCAGGGGAUAAUGUUGUGAAAGUUUGGGAUUAUGAACUUUCUAAAGAUAUUAAUUUUCAGGUAUUCAUUGGUCAUUGUGGGAUGAUCAAUCGUGUUCUGUUCACUCCUGAUCAAUCAAGUAUUAUAUCAUGUGGACAGGAAGGAAUUUUUCUUUGGGAUUUUCUGGGCCAGGCUGCAAGACGUUUCAAUUCAAAUGAAGGAUCAUUAGCAGAGUUGGAUAUUCGCUCCCACCGUGAAAAAAUUGAUGAAAAUAUAUUAUCUGUAGGAAGAUAUCAAAGAAAAGAUUUGUUGACAACAGCAAGAAGAACAAGUGAAGAAUCAGAUGACCUUAUACCAACUCGAGACAUUGGACUUCACCCGCAAGUACUUGAUGAUGAUACUCCUCAACCUAGACUUGAACUACCCAAACCUACCGCACCUAAAGGUGAUUUAAAGAAAAAAAGUCCGGCCCGAACUGAAAAUUCAGGUUGGAUUCCUCCCGAUACGUUACGUACUGUUGAUCUUGAUGCAACUGAUGUUUCAGAAUUUACACUCGAUACUAAAAUGAUGGCAAAUUGUAAAAUAACAGAUCAACCUGAGAAACCUUUUGAGCAUCACACAAACUCGAAACUCCGAGAAAAUCCUACCACAACAACUUCAACAUUGCAAGAUGAUCCUAUCAAGGUUUUCUGGGGAUCCAACACAGUCAAAGGAAGGGAGGCUUUAUCACCAAUAAAGAAAGUGAAAGACACUGAGCCAUUGCAUAGAAGUAUAAAACCAACAACUAUACCAACAGGGUUUAGUGAACAACCACCAGUUUUGAAACAUUUUUGUGCUUCUAAAAAUACAAGCACAUUAUCUCAUCGGAGAUAUGCUCCAAGGAAAGGAGAGGAAGGAUUGAAACUCGAGUCAGUAAUCGGUUAUAAUGGUAAUGGCCGUGGCAACAUGGUAUGGAAUCCUGACACUGGAGUUUUCGCAUAUUCAAGUGGAUGCAUUGUUGUGUUGGAGGAUCUUGCUAAUGGAACACAACGUCAUCUUACUGGACAUUCAGAGGAAAUUUCCACUAUGGCUUUGCAACAUGACAGCCAGAUUCUAGCAUGUGCAUCGUGUGAGAAUGGAAUGGUUCACAGUGAGAUUGGGUUGUGGGAUGUAGAGUCUGGACAAUGUCGAGCGACUCUUAAACAUCAUGAACACGAUGUAGUUGCAAUGGAAUAUUCUAGGGAUGACCGAUUCUUGGUAUCAAUCGGAGAUUAUCGUGAAAAUACUGUUGUGUUAUGGAGUGGGUAUGAUAGUGAAACAAAGCCAACUGUUUUAACAUCAUCUACCUGUAAAUAUCCUAUACAUCAUAUAACAUGGGAUCCAACUGCACCUAAUGAAUUUGUUACUGUUGGACAAAAUUCAAGUAUUUUAUUUUGGUUGGUAGAAGAAUGUGGUUCUGAGGUACAAUUACAAUAUCACGAAGGACAAAUACCUGACAGUGUCACAGAAGCAUGUGGUGCUGAAAGCAUCAUUGAUAUUCACUUUACAAGUGCUUGUUAUGGAACUGAUAAAGUGCUAUAUGCAGGUACUAAUAAAGGUGUUGUGACGGCAUGGGACACACAAACAAACGAAUGUUUCUUACAUUGGAAAGCAGAUACUGCGGAAAUAUGCGUUCUGUUAUCAAAAGGUGCUAGAUUGAUAUCCGGUGGUGUGUCUCGUAACAUUCGAUUAUGGACACUGACGGCAGUGCAAGAAGCUCAGUUGAGUAAUAAAGACAGUGAUCUGAGAUUAAGAGGAUUGGUUAUGGAAGAUGAAUUAUCACUGCAUUCUGAGAUAACUUCAGCUGUAUUUGAUGAAACGCUUGAUCUUGGUAUUGUGAGUACCACAGCUGGUACAUUGUGGUAUGUUGAUUGGAAUAGUCACAAUACUGUUCGGAUGGUAACUGGUCAUAAGGCUAAAAUCAAUGGUAUAACAUUUGAUGAUGGCCAGUAUUAUGCAACAUGCAGUGAAGAAGGCUCAGUAAGAUUAUGGUCUGUUAAAACAUUGGAACUCACUGUACAAUUCCAGGUAAUUGAUCAACCUUGUGGCUGUGUCAUCUUUAGCCAUGCUCAAUCAUUGGAAGAUUUGUCAAAUAAAGACACACAACCUGAUAUUAUUCCUCCAGCUAAUAAAAUGUUGGCAGCUGGCUAUGGUGAUGGAACAUUAAGAGUGUUUGACGUCGACAAGCUGAUCCUGAUGUUGAAACUGCAGCCACAUUCAACCAAAGUAACGGCGAUUGCAUUUUCAUCCGACAAUUGUACAUUGUUGUCUGGUAGUCACAGUGGAAGGAUAGCCAUCACAUCAUUGUCAACUGGUGUUACUUUACGUGUGUUGGAUGAUCAUUUGGGAUCACCUAUUACACAAUUGACUGUUUCAACUAGACAGGAUCACCCAGCCUCAAUUUCAGCCCAUUUGACUGAAAAAGACUCGAGGAGAGAUGGGUCGUUUUCAACUUCAUCUGUGUGGCUCGCUACUGCGGCUAACAGAAGAGUCAGUGUGUGGGUUAGUUGUUGGAACUCUGACCAAUGUGACAUGGUUGAUUGGUUGACUUUUCCAGCUCCAUGUUUUGCUCCAGAUGGGACUGAGAUUAGUAGGAAUGACAAAUCCUCAGUAUCUCUUCUUCCACCCAGCUGUUGCAUAUUUCAUCCAUCAAAUCCUGAUUUACUGGUAUACACAGGGUAUGGAAUGGAAAAGUUCGUACAACUUUAUAGCUUGGCUAAAAGAAAGGUUGUGAAAACUUUUUCAAUACCGAACUGGACACAAUGUUUGGAUGCAUGUAACUCAAUCUCUAGUGAAGGAACUCGUAAAACCAACGUUCAAUUACUAGCACUUGGUACCGAAUCAAGAAUAGUUGAACUUGUCGAUGCCUGUCACGGUACAUUCCAAGAUUUCUGUGGACAUUUCGGACCCAUCAAUCAUGUGAAAUUUUCACCAGAUGGAAAACUUCUCCUUACAGCUUCUGGUACUGAAUUAUUAUUGUGGAAAGUAAUUGCCACUGAAAACUGAGAAAUAUUUUAUGCUGUGAUAUGAUGAAUUUCAAGUAUCAGCUACCCAACUCUAUAUUUUGAAUUCUACAAGGUAAUCAGAGUGUAGGACUCUACAUGAUAAGACUUUUCAUAUUUUAAAUGAGAUAGAUGCUGCUAUUUUGUAUCAACCAAUCAUUAAAGCAAGAACUUGUUUUAGUUUUCAAAAAUUGUAGGUUUCAAUUUUUUUAGAGUAUGUUAGGUAGUGAGCUGCUUUCUUCUUCAAAAUACCUUUUUCAGGUAGUAAUUUAUAAUGUCUUGAUUUACCCAGAUUCAACAUUUUUGCUAGUUGGUAUUUUAAUAUUAGUGUGAAAACUUUUUUUGUGGGUUAAAUGUCUUAAUGACAUUAGUGCUUAAAGGACUAAUUAGUAUCUCAAUAAUAUUAGUAAGCUAGAAUACAAGAGCAAAUUAUUUACCAUUUUGCAAUAAUUGGAAAGUUUUUAAAACAUUAGUCAUGUGUUUUCUCUGUUCACAACCGAAUCAUCAAGUAUUGUGUAUAUUUUUGACAACGUCAUAUUCUAUUUAAGACAUAAUUGAGGUCCAACAAAGUAGCCGAUUUACAAUUGUGAUGUCUAAUAAUACAAAACCUGUGAUCCCGCAAUAUACACAAAUGUGACGUCAAUCUUUGUCGAUGGCGACGCAACAGAGAUGUAGCCUAACGACCCCAUGUAGGUUUUUAUUUCAUUUUGUGCUUCUCUAUUUGUAUCUUAGUUUACACAGGGUUUGAUUGUAAAUUUUAUUUGUAUAUUUUACGAUGUAAUAUUUAUUUGUAGCUGUCUUAUAUUUUUCUAUUAAAGCUUAUGAAUGAAAAUCGUUUAAUAUUA